CUGGUCAUGUGACUGCUCGCUCACUGCCGGCUGCAGCAGUAGAGAAGGUAGAGAAGAAGCAGCAGUCUGUGGGAACGACUGCUGACCUGAUCAAGUCGAGAUGUCUCUACCAAAGAUCCAGAAUGUGGAAAAGGAGUCACAGUUUGGAUAUGUGUAUGCGGUGUCCGGCCCUGUCGUCACAGCGGAAAAGAUGGCUGGAACUGCCAUGUACGAACUUGUACGUGUGGGUCAUGAAGAGCUGGUCGGUGAAAUCAUCAAGCUUGAUGGCGACAUGGCCACCAUUCAAGUCUAUGAGGAGACCUCUGGACUGACUGUUGGUGCCGUGUUGCGAACGGGCAAGCCCCUUUCCGUGGAGCUGGGACCGGGCAUCAUGAACAAUAUUUUUGAUGGCAUCCAAAGGCCUCUGCGAGAGAUCCACGCACUGUUCAACAGUAUUUACCUGCCCAAGGGUGUGAGCACGCCAGCACUUAGACGAGACGUCAAAUGGGAGUUCAAGCCGACCAACUUUAAGGUUGGCAGUCAUGUCACCGGGGGUGACAUUUAUGGCCUCGUCCAGGAGAACUCGCUUCUGCAGCACAAGAUAAUGCUGCCACCCAAGUCCAAAGGUACCAUCACUUACAUUGCCGAACCUGGGAACUAUUCUGUGGAUGAAAAGAUCCUGGAAAUUGAAUUUGACGGCGAGAAGAGCAGCUACACAAUGAUGCAAGUAUGGCCCGUGCGUAACAUGCGCCCGGUGACUGAGAAACUGGCCGCCAACAACCCGCUGCUCACUGGUCAGAGGGUGCUCGACUCUCUCUUCCCGUGCGUCCAGGGAGGCACAACUGCUAUUCCCGGUGCCUUUGGUUGUGGAAAAACUUGCAUCUCCCAAGCCCUGUCCAAGUAUUCCAACAGUAAUGUGAUUGUCUACGUCGGCUGUGGAGAGCGAGGCAAUGAAAUGUCUGAAGUACUCAGAGACUUCCCUGAGCUCAAGAUUGAAAAAAAUGGGAAGCAGGUGUCAAUUAUGGACCGUACUACGCUGGUUGCGAACACGUCAAACAUGCCUGUAGCUGCCCGUGAGGCAUCCAUCUACACUGGCAUUACACUUGCAGAGUAUUUCCGGGACAUGGGCAACCAUGUAGCUAUGAUGGCCGACUCCACCUCUCGAUGGGCAGAGGCUCUGAGAGAAAUCUCGGGACGUUUGGCUGAAAUGCCAGCAGAUUCUGGCUACCCUGCCUACCUGGCUGCUCGGUUAGCAUCCUUUUACGAGCGUGCCGGUCGGGUCAAGUGCCUUGGUAACCCCGAGAGAGAAGGCAGUGUCACCAUUGUGGGGGCCGUCUCGCCUCCCGGCGGUGAUUUCUCGGACCCAGUCACAUCUGCGACACUGGGCAUUGUGCAAGUGUUCUGGGGACUGGACAAAAAGCUGGCUCAGCGCAAACACUUCCCGUCGGUAAACUGGCUCAUCUCGUACAGCAAGUACACGCGUGCCCUCGACGACUACUAUGAGAGGAACUUCCCAGAGUUUGUGCAGCUCAGGACAAAGUGCCAGCAGAUCCUGCAGGAGGAAGAAGACCUUUCUGAAAUUGUCCAGCUUGUCGGAAAGGCGUCCCUGGCGGAGACUGACAAGAUCACGCUCGAGGUUGCGCGGCUUUUGAAGGACGACUUUCUGCAGCAGAACAGCUACACCCCGUACGAUCGCUUCUGCCCGUUCUACAAGUCUGUGGGCAUGCUGCGCAACAUGAUUGGUCUGUACGACCUGGCCAAGCAUGCGGUCGAGUCGACUGCCCAGAGCGAAAACCGCAUCACUUGGGCCCUGAUCCGCGAGGCCCUCGGUGACCUCCUCUACCAGCUCAGCAGCAUGAAGUUCAAGGACCCGGCAGUAGAUGGUGAGAAGAAGAUCAAGCAGGACUUUGAGGAGCUUUUUGAGAACAUCCAACAGGCCUUCCGCAACUUGGAAGACUGAGAAGGACCUCCCUACUACCAGCACUGCCACGGAGGAGCCAAAGAACUGAGUUGUCGAUCGCUUGGCCCCGUCAAAGCUUCUGGCGGCAUUGUUUCCUUCAACCUCAUUCCAAGUAGGCUCGUACCAUACCUCGUGUCAGAAUGUCCACGAACGUACGGGGCAGACAAGUCUGUGUGUAUUAGAUGUUAGUGGCCUGCCUUUAGCAGUGCGGAAGCUGUGAGCAGCAAUACCAUAUGUUCUUUUUUUUUCUGUUUACAUUGUUUUGGUGCUCGUCUGUCUGUGUACAUACCUAAACAGUUCAGUUUUGUAUAUUUUUUUUCUAAGUUAAAGCAACCUUUUUCUACUUUUAUCAUGUCAGUUUUGUUACCUCAUGUAAUGAAGAGGCCUUUUGUGGCGAUACUGAAUUUGAAAGUGAUAUAUUUGGACUCUUCCAUUUACUUUUUCUUUACAUUGUGUCUGAUAAUGGAAGCGUCAAGAAUAAAGUCUAUAUGCGGAUGUUGCAAGGCUUUGUGGUGUCUCUUCCAUGAUGAAAGCUUGACAAUUGGUUUGCUGUGUUUACUGGUGGAAAUGCUUUGCUCCUUGGAUUUCGAUUUUGUUCAGAUCGGGAGUGUAAAAAUGCACAUGAUGUUAUUUUACUACGAACCGAUUUGCUUGCAUUAGGUGUUCAGAAAAGCUAGAUUCUACAAAAAUAUUCUGAUGAAAGCUGUUUGGCAGCGUUUUUCGCAUUAUCAUUUCAUAAUUAUACACUCUGACCAGCAAGCUUCCCCUUAUGCUAAAGAAAACAAGCACCAUUAAAUUUGGUUUGAGUCUGUCUCAUUGCAUGGUGAUGUUGAGUGAAACAUGGUAGGUUGCAAAAAAUUUCACAAAAAGUCUUCUGGAGUUAGAAUGGUUUGUUGCAGAUCGCAGAAAUUGGUUAUGUCAUCACAUGGCAUCUCUUGGUCAACAGUGGGCCAAUUCCGGAGACAGUGCAGUGACACAUGAGCGGCAGAAGGCUUGAUCAGGCAAAAGAAUACAGUCUACUGAAGAUGUCGAGGCAACUUAAUGCCUCUGGCUCUGCAGUUCGUAACUUGCAGGAAAUCUGGUCCCUGAUUGCGUAACUUGACUUGCCGAGGGUGUAGCAGGCUUGUGCCUUCAAAGUGUUGCAGAGAGCGUAAAGUUCUGCGAAAUGUUUGCUAAGGGCUCUAAGAAGUCUGUGAAACUUCAUUUCGUUCAUUCAGAGGCGCAGUAACAAUCGUCAUUAGCCACAACAUCCAUGGAGUGUGCAGCUAGGCAAGUGCGCGUAUUGUCUUUCAGAUGUUUAAUGGGUACAUUGCUAUUCUGCAUUCCUUUGAAAAAGGCACACACAGACAAAACUCUCAUGAGGCAUCCUAAGGGUCGAUUAAAUGCAAAACACAUGUGCUGCCUAGUUGCAGUUAAUUUGUCCUUAAUGAGUGCAGGGUGCCUUCUGUAACAAGAGUGCAACACCUGCUGAAUCUUGCUUUAUGGCGUAUUCCGAAUUCAUGUUAAACCAAGCUUGAUAACCGGCUCAUUGAAAUGCAUUUUGUCUGUGCUUCGUUGACCGAGGAAAAACUGUGCGUGUUAGUGCAGGGAGAAUAAAGCAACCUCUCCAAAAAA